GGUUGAGCAUUUGUGUGUGUGAGUGUGUGUGUGUGCUCUGCGCCUGAACCCUGCGUUUUGUGCACGUCUGUAAUUUGCACCAGAUGACCAAUUGGGGGAUGGAGCAUUCUGGGGAGGUAAGCGUUCCUCACACGGCAUAACAUCGCAGCGCACAAAUGAACUUAGUGUAUGGACAACACUGCAUAACCAUGGAUCCAGACACUUCUGCACACUAAACUUUGUGCAGAGAAACUUCCGCUCCCCAUUUUUUGGAGCAACAAGUGGAUAAUGGAUAUAUCAGACGCGAAAGUGAGAGUGGAGAGUCGGGGUAACUGCACUUAAACACAAAGGGGAAUGCUGCAUCAGAAGGUUGCUCCAACUGCCGUUUGGGAAUGGAUACCGGUCAUUUUGUGGCGGUCAUCUGCUUUCUCCUCUUUUCCUGUGAUGGGCUCCUCUCACCCGCAAGCGGCUUCUGUCCGGAGCGCUGCGAUUGCCAGCACGCGCAGCACCUCCUCUGCACAAACCGAGGGCUUCGCGCGGUACCCAAGGUGCCCUCCUCGUGGGUCCCAGAGGACGUACUUGUCUUCAGCCUCGGGGGAAACUUCAUUGGUAACAUCACUGCCUUCGACUUCACUCGGUAUGGAAAUCUUAUAAGGUUGAACUUACAGUAUAAUCAAAUACAGACCAUUCACCCUAAAGCGUUUGAAAAGCUCUCCAAAUUGGAGGAGCUGUAUUUGGGCAACAAUCUGAUAUCAACAAUACCUCCAGGAACGUUACAGUCACUGAAAAAACUGACAACUUUGUAUGGCAAUAACAAUAACAUGAAGAAGAUCACUCCAGAAGUGUUUAGUAACUUGGAGAGCGUUGUGAGGCUGAGGUUGGAUGGGAACGCCAUAGAACUGUUACAGGACUCAGUCUUCAAGAGCUUGACCAAUCUGCAUUAUCUCCAUCUAGAAUCCAACCAGCUGAGCCACAUUCACAGAAAUGCCUUUUCCAAGCUCAUCAAACUGCGCUUUCUCAACCUGGCGCAGAACAAACAGGCGGCCGUGCAUAAUGUGUUUACAUUUUCCCAGCUCAGGUCACUGUCUACUCUGCUGCUCUCUGAAAAUGAAAUACAAUACGUCGGAAACCACGUUUUCCAAAAUCUGAAAAAGCUAUCUAAACUAUCCCUCAGCAAUAACAACAUCUCCCGGUUGGAGAGCGAGGCUUUGAAGGGGCUGUCAAGCGUGAGAGAGUUUCUGAUGGAUGGGAACGAGCUGGAAGAUAUUCCCGCGGGACUUCUUGACCCGCUGGAGCAAAUCGAGGAGCUGGACUUUAGUCGCAACCACAUUUCCACCGUGAACCCGAUGGCUUUUAAAAAACUACAGCACCUGAGGGUUUUAAAACUCAAAGACAACCGGCUCACGAGCCUCUCCGGUCACAUUUUCGCCCUCAACAGCCGCCUUUACGAUUUGGAUCUCCAUGGCAACAACUGGACGUGUGACUGCCGCCUGAGGGAGCUGAAACAGUGGAUGACGUCGGCACACUCUCAAGGGAAGCUGCUGACUGUUUUCGUGCAGUGUCAUCACCCAGCGACACUGAACGGGAAGUAUCUGGAUUAUGUCAACAGCUCCCAGUUACAGACCCAAGAGAAUUGGAGCCACUUGUGUGAGACCCAAAUUGGGCCUGAGGAGAGCAGAGGUGGGGGGGUCCUGGAGAAGGAGUUGGAGGAGAGGAUGAUGAGAGAGGGGGAGGUGAGAAAGGAUGUAGAAGAGCAGAGGGGAAUUGGGAGUAGAGAAGGAGUGGAGAUGAAGGCAAUAGAGGAAGAGAACAGGGGUAGAGAGGAAGAGGAGAGAACGGAGGGAGCACAGGAAGUAGGUAUCCCUCAGGAACAGGGAGGGCCAGAGGAGCGGGACAAAUCCCUGUCGUUGGACAGGAAAAGGAGGAAGAAAAUAUCCGUUAGCCCCAGGUCGCGACCUUCUGCCAGGAAGCGUGAGAAAGGGAGGCGGGGUUCCGUUCUGGGCCGUGGUAUUCCUCAAACACAAGCUCCUUUGCUCAUCAACCCCAUGGACCCAACCACAACCGUGCCUCAGACACUUGACAGCCAAAAUAGCCAUGGAAACCGUCUCAGUGGACCAAUCACAGAGCUCCUCACCACCUCAGAGGAGCAGUUUGACCUUCUCAGAGGCGGUCAGGAGUAUGGUCUACCAGUAAUGACAGACCCCUGUAUGUUCAACCGUCACUUUCUCACCAACGUGACCGUCGACCAGGUCGCCUCCAGCACGGCCACAGUCCACUGGACCACACGCCACCACCUCCGAUUCACACCGGGAUCCGGACCGGGACUAGACGAGGUCCACUACCGCUUGCUGUUCGACCGGUUCGGGACAUCUGGCCGUUUUCCUCGCUAUGUGUAUGCCCGUGGCGGGGCGCGGUCGGUGAUGUUACGAGAACUCCGCCCAGAAGUCACCUACAUGGUGUGUGUGGAGGGGGUGGUGGGAGGGGCCGUGUGUCAGGUGGCACCCAGAGACCACUGCGCUGGAUUGGUCACUCUCCCAGAGGAGUCUCGUCCCCAGGGGACACUGACUUCCGAUCUCCACCUAGUCACCAUUGCAACGCUGGCCAUCAACGCCAUCCUCCUGCUGGUGAUUGGUGGAGCCUGGCUAGGGCAGACUUUGAGGCGGAAGCUGAAAAGGAGGAAGUCGGCGGUGCAUGUGCGUCACAUGUACUCCACGCGGCGACCGUUCCGCGGCUCUAUGGCAACGACGGCGGCUGUGUCGACUGACUUUACCAGUUUCCAGAGCAGCCGGCAACCACGGCUCGGAACCCUGGAGGAAGGGGGAGACCUCAUUGAGUUCUCCUGCGACCGUUUCCUUGACAACAGCCCCACCCGUAGAGACAACAGCAACAUGCAGAGGUUUUGUGAUUAGUAUAACCCUAGAGACAUACACUCUUAGAAAAAACAGUGGUACCUAGAACAAAAAAGGGUUGUCCUGUGGAGACAGCUAAAGAACCCCUUUGGAACUCGUUUUCUAAGAGUGUAGAACAUGAAAAACAAUUGCUCUGUGUGACCAAUAUAUACUAUUCAUGUUAUUGUGAGCCAUUAGAUAAUCCAAAAGUAGAACACUUAUCUAGAACCUGAGAACACCAAGACACCAUUACAAGGAAGGAACAUCCUCAGAAGGAUGUCUAAGGUGCUGCAGAGACAGAAACAGAACUGGACUGGAUUUGAGCCUGCACUGUAGGGCACUUCACCACAAUAGCAGGACCACAACCAGGGUGUUAUGACCACACACACACACACACACACUCUUCCCAGCACACCAUCUUAUGCUGUUAACAAGUCCCUGCGCCAAGAUGCAAUUGGAUGCAUCUUGGUGCAGAGAAAUCCCUCUCAUAAUAAAGCCAUAAUAACAUUUGUCAUGUGACGUAGGCUACAGUGGUGCAGAGACGUUUUUAGGAUUUCCACAAAUGGGGAUCAUCUGUUAGCAGGUCUCAAUCAUUUUUUUGCCUUUUACAAAACGCAUUUCAUGCAAUUCUACGUCAUUUACAUGGUAAAAGACAUGAGCUGAAUAUUUGUUAAUAACACACAAAUGACCUAAAUUAGUGGCUACUCUAACACUGUCAAACUGAGAUCAAUCUGGUCUUGAAUUCAAACAAACAACAGCCCCGACCAAUGAAGCAACACACACAUUGUACAAUAUUAGGAGACAAUAUAUAUAUAUAUAUAUAUAUAUAUUAUAGGCUACAGUAGGCUACUAAAUGACAUGUCCAGUGCCACACUGACUCACCUAAUGAUGAAGCCAUAAGAUACUACUCAUGGUGAUGGCCAAUGGUCUCCUCUUGGCAACAGCUUAUCUCAAGAUGAGCUACUUUGACAAACAUUGCUGCUGUUGCUGGGAGCUGUUCUAUUGGUUCUACAGAUAGACUAGUCUUCUCUUUUCAGUGGUAUGCAUUUGCUUUCCAAACUUGACAUUUUUCCUGCAAUUGUCUUUCGACAUUUUCAAAAGUCAAACAGACAGCUACAACCAACCAUAGUAAUAUAAUCUAUAUAAAUGUACAUUCAAAUCAGGACUUGCAGCCACUGCUAGUGUACCCAUCAGUUGAAUAGUCAAAUUGCCAGGGUAAGAGGUUCCAAAACUCUGUGGAUUAUUUGUCUAUGGCCCAAAACGCAACAAGUUGUAUAUUUGCGCGCGCAUGCUGGCCAAAUCGCGGCCUUCCCGACUGUAGGCAACCAGUAACUGCCAAAAUAAAGAAAACACUUGAGUAAAUGAGGGCUACAAAUAAUAUGUCGUGCUGUGGGUGCAUUUUCCUGGCAUGGUUUAGGUCCACUUAUAGACUCUAUGUCAAGGAGCAUUGAAGCUGUUCUGGCAGCUCAUGGUGGCCAAACACCCUUUUAGGACACUUGGCUAAAAUAAUAAUAAACAAAUAAUAGCAAAAAAAGUCAUAUUAUUAUAUACAUUUAAAUGAUUGACUCUUGGUCGCCCUAAUUGGCCAGUAACAUGUAUUUAUUAUGCAGUUACCAAUCAAGGCAGGGCCCCCCAGUUAUCCACAUGUGCCCCCCCUACCUAUUCUUCUCCCCCCACCUGACGAUUAUCAGAGCAGCAUCAGGCUGUCUACUCUCAUUGAGAGCCGGCGCCUGAAUCGUCCUGUGUUUUAUUUUUUUUAUUUAACCUUUAUUUAACUGGUUGGCGGUCGCAGUAAAAAUUAUAUAUAUUUGACAUAUAUAGCAUAUACUGUAUAUAUACUAUAUGCAGUAUAUCAUUAUUUUAUUUUGCAUUUCUUUUUUUGCUGCCUUUUGGGCCCCCCACGGCCCUGGGCCAAGGAGCUUCAACCCCGGUAAUCCCCUGCAUUAAUCUGGCCCUGGUAUGCAGCCCUGGUUAUGACCCCAGCAGAGCCACAGUUAGGGCUGUGCUAUGGCCACAGCAGAACCACAGUUAGGGUGGUGUUAUGACCCCAGCAAAACCACAGUUAGGACUGUGCUAUGGCCACAGCAGAACCACAGUUAGGGUGGUGUUAUGACCAUAGCAAAACCACAGUUAGGGUGGUGUUAUGACCACAGCAGAACCACAGUUAGGGUGGUGUUAUGACCACAGCAGAACCACAGUUAGGGUGGUGUUAUGACCACAGAAGAACCACAGUUAGGGUGGUGUUAUGACCACAGCAGAACCACAGUAAGGGUGGUGUUAUGACCAGGGUUGUCUUUGUGGGCGACCAAACAGCUGAGCUCAUCAGUGCUGAUUCAGACUCUACUGGAAGUCAAUCCCACUGACUUCCUCGACUUCCUCUAAGCCUCAUGCAUUUCCUCUCCCAUUUCCUUGCACCUGUGUGUGUGUGUGUGUGUGUGUGUGUGUGUGUGUGUGUGUGUGUGUGUGUGUGUGUGUGUGUGUGUGUGUGUGUGUGUGUGUGUGUGUGCGUGCGUGCGUGUGUGUGUGUGUGUGAGAGAGAGAGAGAGAGAGAGAGAGAAAGAUAAUAUUACCUGAUUUCAGCUGGUGCUAAUAUUAGACUAAUAGACCUUCAUUUUUGUACAAUUGUGUAUAAAAUAUAAUUUCUAAUGUGCCUGAAAAUAAAAAUAGCUGCUGGUUGGCAGAAAAAUACUUUGAAUGAUCUGUUUUAUAUGUUGUUUUUAUACUUUUGUACUCAACAAUGUAUUGUGCUACAGGCAAGUAAGUAACAACAUCCCUGACAAUGUGACAGUUAGACCUAUGGUCCAUUUGUCUGUAUGAAAAUAAGAUGGAUACCUUUGCAAAUAAUGGUUGAAGUCCCUUGUGUGUUUGGUUCCAAAAUAAAUAAAUAAACAGGUA